AAUCCACACAAUUCUCUCUUUUCACAAAACGCUGCGUUUUACUCUCACAACAAUUUCGCGUUCUUUUAAUUACAUCAUCACACACACACACACUCUCUUUAUUUUUACGAAAAUGGAAGCACCGGAUUACUUUGUCGGUGGCUACUACGGUGCCGGAGUUCACGGCGGAAUCGACCAAUUCUCACCGGAAAAACGUCAUAUUCACGGUGGUGGUGCUGACCAGAAGCCCUGUGAGUCUUUUGCCAUUGAUGACUUACUUGAUUUCUCCAAUGCUGAUGCUAUUAUGUCUGACGGUUUCUUCGACAAUGUCGCCGGUAAUUCCACCGACUCUUCCAAUGUUACCGCCGUUGAUAGCUGUAACUCGUCUGGCUCCGGCGGCGAAAAUCGCUUUUCAGGCACAAUUGUUCCGUAUGGUUUCUCCGGUGAUGUUCAACUCAACGGUGAACUCUGUGUUCCGUAUGAUGAAAUGGCGGAAUUGGAAUGGCUUUCGAAUUUCGUGGAAGAUUCAUACUCCGCCGAAGAGGAAUUGAAAACACUGCAACUUCUCUCCGGGGCCGGCGCCGUCAAACCACAGACACCAGAAUCCUCCUCUUCCACCGACACUCACACGGCGUUUUCAUCUGACGAGAGUGGUCGGAACUUUAACGCGUCGUUUCUCGGACCGGAAACACCUCUUCCUGGAAAAGCAAGGAGCAAACGCUCACGCGCUGCACCAGGCGACUGGUCCACGCGCCUACUUCAUAUCCCUGACGCGCCACCACAACAGAUGAAAAUUGUUCAAGUGAAAAAACGUGAGGAUCCAAAUGUAGAAUGUUCUGGAAGGAAAUGUCUCCACUGUGGCACUGAUAAAACACCGCAGUGGAGAACCGGUCCAAUGGGACCGAAAACACUUUGCAAUGCUUGCGGUGUUAGGUUUAAGUCCGGUAGGUUGGUGCCGGAGUAUCGACCGGCGGCAAGUCCAACUUUUGUAUCGGCUAAGCAUUCGAAUUCGCAUAGGAAAGUUUUGGAACUAAGGAGGCAGAAAGAGAUGCAAAGAUCACAGCAUCAACAACUUCUGAGUCACAGUUCAAUUUUCGGCGUAUCAUCUAACGGUGGAGAUGACUUCAUCAAUUAUCAUCAUCAUCAUUGUGGGCCAGAAUUUAGGCAUGUUAUUUAGUGAGUGCUAGUGUAGCAUAGUUUAAUUUAAUUUAGACUGCAGUUUCUUUCUUUCUUCUAAGUUUAAAUUUAAAUUUAAGUUUAAGCUAUUUUCAGCUUCGGUACUUCUUUUUUGUCUUAUAUAAAUUUGAAUUUGAAUUGUAGCUUUUUUUAAUUUUCUCUUUUUCCUUUAAAUGGGGGAAAAUGUAGAAUUUUAAGGUGAGGGGAUAAAAUAGGGGAUGACAUAAGAGCUUUAUUUGGUUGUAGAAUCUCUACUCUUGAUUAUUUUCCUUGCUGAAUUUGGCAAAUUUAGAAUUAUAACCUUCUUUUUUUGGGAAA